GGCUUUUAGUUAAAGCUGCGGAGCUGCCUAGUACGGACGCAGCCCAGCUCUGAGUGCUCGACGUCCUUCCAGAGAGAGACAGACAGACAGAGCCGUCCGGUGAACCUCAGCAACUCCUACACUGUUCACGAAGCGCGUCGAAACCUUGCUGUGAUGCGAUCUGCUGCUUCCUCUUUAUGCAAUUAACUUCUAACUAAAGAGAAAAUUCUUUCAUUUAGUUCGACGGUGAAUUGAUAAAAUAACACUCGGUGAUUUUGUGCGCCAGGAAAUUUACCAGUGGAGAUACUGUUUUGUGUUCAAAGAGUUUUCGCAAAAGGACGAACGAUUUUCCAGGAGGCGAAGGAGAAGAAGGAGAAGGAAGUUCUAAGAGCUUCUCUAAAGAGAGAAGUUACUUCUAUCUUAAUCUUUCUUUCCUACUUGUUUCAUAGCCUGGGGAUGCACUAGCAGCAGCACUAUGGCGAGACAGAUGAUGCUGAAGUUGCUACUAUUGUCCUUGGGCUACCAUUCAGGACGCGCUCAUGUCUUUGAAUAUCCCAAACUUAACACCUUUACUGUUGGCGGAGAAUUUAGAGAUCCGUUCAGUUCCGCUGUCACGGUGUCUACGCAGCUGGCGCCAGUCUACAACCCGGGAGGGGGAGGAGGAGCAGCAGCAGCUCCUGCUCAGGAGACCACGGUGGUUGUCGCAACGCCCGCCGCUGUAUCGCCAACUGUCCCGGCAGAGGCGAAGGCCCACGCACCGAGAACCGACUUCGUGACCAAGACUGUCUAUGGUUUCCUAGAUUUCACGACGACUGUUGGGUCAACUGUCAUGAUCUUCACUCCCCAGAGUCAAUCUGCCAAGCCAAAACCGAGCAAGACGAGGGACCCUACUCUUCCACCUCGAUCAUCCAGGUUCACCCUUCCACCGUCAGCACCCAAGCUGAAACCUACUCCGACAAUUCCUAAAUUGUCAUCAACACCUGCUCCUUCGCCAAAAGAAACAAAACUUCCGGUUCUCACAUCAUCCACUCUUGAGUCUUCCUUUUUCGAACCACAUACAGCUCUGGCUAUUGAAAACUUAUUCUCUGUCACACCAGAAGACAUUUACGGGGAUGAGAUAGAUUAUAUUGUUGAAUCUUCUCCAGUUCAAGAAUUCCCUCAAGAAACAGUAAAGGCAAAGGAACUUCAAGAGGAAGAUUCCGGUAGGUCAUCCAAUCAACCUCACAAGCCUUUUAGAAGGCCAAGUAAACCCUUUGAAUUGCCUCCAGGUACUAGGAGAAGACCUGAUCUCAACUAUUUUCUUGACCGCAAGAAGCCUUCUUCAACUCCUCGUCCACAGGGAGGCUCAACAAUAGUUCCAAUCACAGUUGAAGGAACAGGCACAAUUUCUCCUAAAUUUUCUGAUCCUGAAUCUCGUGUGACAUCGGUAAUACUAAAUACGCCAUCUGAGGUAAUAGUAAGUGCAACUCAAGGUUUUGCUACAAUUAGUGUAAUUGGACCAUUUAAGACGGCUGUUGAUAAUGAGCUUGGACAGGUCAGUGAACAUUACGAUUUUUUGGUAUCUGAACCCCCUCUGAAUGUACAGGAGGCAUAUGAUGUAUAUGAAGUAGAACCCACAGCAUCAAUGGAAAUUCUACACAGCUCUGAAUUAGUCACCAGUGAUUCAAGCUUCCCAACUGGUCUUGUGACAAAGCUUGGAGGAACAAUAGUUUCAGAUGGCCUUACCACGGUUCAUGAGACCAGUGUUAUUGGCACUUACAUUGCUGGCCAUUAUGCUCAAAUUCUUCAGAGUACUUCUCACAUCUUUCAGACAACUCCCACACCAGAACUCAAGUUAAGUAGUCCUUCUGUAAGACAGACGUAUGAAACUGUUAAAUCAGUCAUUAAAGGCUCUGCAACUCAAUUCAUAACACCAGAUUCAACUUCUGCUUUGCCUCUUCAGUCUCUUUUUUCAGAACCUGUAAGCAAACUUCGUAAUAGUAGGAAAACAGACGAUUCUCAGCUAAGAAAUCGGCCCAGUGCUAAUUUGUCGAAACGUUUAGGCCCUCAUCAAGGAGCUGGUCGCUUGCGUUCUCAGCCUGAUGAUGAUCCAUAUGUAGACUUACAAGAUGAAGAUGAUUUACAGAAAGCUGGUUCAAAUCCACGUGCAUCAUUCAGAUUUAGAGGUGCCACAAGUGUAAGACCAACUCAGCCAGUAAGCACUUUCUAUGCCCAGGAAGUAAAACCAACAACAUUCCGCCGUUCAUUUAGUCCAUCUGGAACACGAAGACUUGGAAACAAUCGCCCAGCAACUUCCAGACCAAGACCACCUGGUCCCCAUCGCCAAGGAAAUAAUAGGUUUAGGGCUAAUACAUCCUCAAGGCCUAAAGUUAAUGUUAACCGGCGGCCCGUUGCUGCUAGACGUCGGACUGAAGAACAACAAAUUGUACAAGAAAGCAAGCCAGACCCUCUAUACCUUCCAGAUCCUGAUAUUCCUGGUGCAGAUGCCCUACAAGAAGAAACACUACAGGUCGUCACAAGUACUCCUGUUGAUGGUCCUACUGACCUGUACUAUGAAAUGGCUACUAUCCGGUCCCUUCAUACCUUUAGAGUCGGUACUACAAAAAAUACUCGAUAUGUUACAUUUACAAAGACAUUUACUCAUGGUGCUGAUGGUGAAAUUGUGCCUACUUCUGCUGUACCUGUACCUGAAGAUGAGAUAUAUGAAACGCAGUUGUUUGAAAAUAUUUUGGAUGAGGGUCCACGUGAUGUCUCGACUCUUCCACCUAUUGACCUUGGUGAGAAUGAUGUUGCUGCACUUCUUGAGACCGUGACAGAGACUUUCAGUACGACUGAACUAAUGAUGAAAACUUCUGUUUUACCAGUAUUACAAGGAGGAGAAACAUCCUACUAUUCUCUUACACAAACGUAUCAUAUAACAAGAGUUGUCACUGCCCUGAAAACUAUGCCGCCAGUCGAGGCAUUCUCAUUUAUUCCUGAGAACUCCUUAAACGAAUUCAACGAUCACCUUCUUGCAGAAGGUACAGAAACUGGUGAAUCCUUACAUCCAGGUGAGCUUGAAUAUGAUGAAAAUGGCGAACUGAUAGACACAGGAAUUGGAACACGAGUACGACCCCCACCAGGUUUUCCUUUCGAAGACCCAGAUCUAGCUGAUCUUGCAGGUGGUCCUUUUGAUGCGGAUGCUUUUGAAAAACAGUCGAACCCUCAACUCGCUGCUGCCCUUGAACAACGCCAGCAACUACAGCAACAGCAAGGCACUGGAGGCACACCACAACUGGCUUCUGGACAACAGUCACCACCUGUUGAUCCAGCCACAGCAACACCAAGCUUAUCACCAGAGCAGUUGCAACAACUUGCUUAUUUGCGCCUUCUUAAUCCCUUCAGCUUCGGGGGUUUGCCUCAAUUGGCCCAACAACCGCAGACUACCGUUACCUCAACACCGGUCACUAUUACCACGGAUCUUGUUACGACUUCCACACGCGUAAUACGUGUUAUCUUCAAUGCUCGACCAAUAUUUACCACCUUAAGUAGUGUUGAGACCGUCCAUACAACUCUAACUACUUUUUCAACACAAACUGUCACUAUUUCUCCAAGUCUGUCACCAUUCUCAUUCCCAUUCGCAGGUGCCUUCCCAGUAGGGUAAAAGUUGCUGUCACUUAGGGAUUCGUUUUUAUACUUCAUCUUUGUCAGAUAUUAUUAUAAUGUCACAAUCAUUGAGUGCUGGACACUCCAUAACUAACUUACAACUAACUCAUAGACCAGCACCUUAAAAAAACAAUGAUAAAUGUCAAUGAAAUAUCUCAUGGUAGCUGUAGAAAUAUUUCCGAAUGGUAGACGUUAUCUCUUAAGAUUAUAAUAUUUUUAAAGAUGAACUUAUAUGUAUAUUACGUCCCUUCUAUGGUUAGUAUUUUUCUAAGACCAAAGAAAAGUAUUCAUUUCCGUAAGAGGCGUUCCUGGGUGUCUUAUAUUUAACUCGUGUACGUCUUUCAGUCAGUUUUAAUAGAUGCAUUCGUUACUAUUUGGAUAAAAGUAAAACGCUUGUGUGUUUAAGAAGAAAACAUUAAGAUUACUCAGCCCUUGAUUUUCAGGAGCUAAGCAGUAGUGUUUUAUGUUUUAUGAAUGUCAAAAGACUUCAGGUACACAGUAUCACAAGAAUUAGGAUUCGGUUUUACUUUAUAAACUUUGUCUUUGAAAACCAACCGAGGUUUCGGUGCCUGGAAAAGUUGUUCAUCAGAUUGCUAUCGUAAUUCCUUCAACCAGUAAACAGAAUAGUUCUCAUUAUUGAUGAGUGUCAAAUUGUUUUGUAUUAGAUGACUGAAGAAGUAAAAAGCGAUCCCUAGAGAGAGAGAGAGAGAGUAACUGCACAGAAUAUUAUCGAAUUUGUACAAUCUCGUCAUUUAAUUGUUUUUCAAGAUAAUUUCUUUCGAUUCCAUUAAGUUUAGAAACUGUAAAGCUUAUCAUUGGACGUAUACAUGUUAUUUAAUAAGACGCCUUACAAGAGACUGGAGUAGCUUCAAUUGUGGAUGAGUUUGUAAGGGAAGCCAUCCGCAGAGUAUGUGGAGGCGGAAAGUUUAGAUAUUUUCGUCCCUGACAUUCUCGUCGAUAAUCAUGAAAGGAAAAACUUCAUUCACAACCUGCGUAUGUAUCUAGACAUAUGACUAGUAUACAGUGAAUAAAAAUGAAAAAAGAAAAAAAAAGUUUCUGACAAUCUCAUGCAUGAGAAGUAAAACAGGCAAAACAAAAAUAAAGAAAAGUAGAAGUCAAAGAAACGUUUAAGAAAUAGACAUGACCGUGAGCAUCUUUUGUAUGAUCCACGAUAAAUUUACUAACAUUUGCUAGAUAUAUCCAAAGAGUUUCUCAGACAGUUAUGUAAUUUGUGAAGGAUACAUUUCUUUAGAGCCUUUUAGGACUGAGCACAGCACAGAAAAAGUGUGAGUCGUGAUUGACACGUGUUUGACUUUAGCAGACGUUAUACAAAAGGUGCAUUCUGCUAAAUACAGCUCCUCUAACGGGUGGUGUUGCUACGGUGAUGAUAUUACUAGUUUUCUUAGCAAAGAAAAUCUUGAACUUCUCUUUUUGAUAAGAGAUUUUCUUUACUGAACGGGAAAGAUCUGGCUUUUUUUCUAGAAGGCAAUAGCUUAUCAAUUCAAUGGCUGUCUGACAUGUGCAAUUGAUAGCGCAGGCUAGCCUCUAAUUAUUUAGUCGUUCGUUAAAUAUUGCAAACUAGCGUCGAAAGAUAAUUCGUCAAACCUUAUUAUUUUGUAGAUAUGUACAAGAAAAAAGAAAAAAAACUAAAAUCAGUCCACCGCAAAUACUUGGCAGCAAACAUUACUGUACGCGUAAUUAAAAAUCAACUAAACUGUACAACUAUAAGGUAUAGGUAACAAGUAACUGUACGAACAGCAGAAUCUAUCGUUAAAUAGAAGAAGGAUAUGGUAAUAUAUGUAGCACAACGUAAUUUUGCACAGUUGCGAAAACGAACUGGCUGAAAUUAACAGCAACAUCUCUCCAAGAGCGGGAUCUUUCCUUCUGUUGUCAUUUUCCUUUCUCACUUUCCCUUACAAAUACACUCCUUAAUUUAUACUCAUGUUCUUGUCGAAAAGACUGGAUUUCAAGAUUUCAUAAAUUAUAUAUAAAGAAACUGUGGGAGCUAUGUAUCUACGGCGGUUCUAUUUAUCGAAAACUCGAAUACCAUCACACUGGCGAUCACACCUUUGAAAGUAAAUGUAUAUACGAAACUAAGAAGUCUUUUGUAAAUAUGUAAAUACAAAUACUAUUUCAGCUAACAAAAUUUCUACGUCUUUUGUGUUUAACAUACUAAUAAAGUUUUAUAUCAA